CCUUAAUGAGCACAUGUGGGUCCCCGUCGAGGUGUUUUUAUGUCAGAGUCGGAGGCAACACACCUGAGGUCUCCACCACAACUGAUCCCCGCUCCUUUCAGCCCAAUUUGAUGGCCGUCCACUGCGGUGGCAAAAGUAAACUCACCGGACCCGCAAAUUAGGGAGUGACAAACUCAUCUAUCACCGUUGCCGGGACGACAGUGGCCCAGUGCGUGCUGCAGCUUAGCAACAGUAUCUUAACAAAAGGCUCGCAGGCAGCGGGCUGAUUUGUCUGACUGGGUUCAAGAUGAGCCGACCCGGAGGCAGCGUUGAUGAAAAAGAGGUCAACCAAAAUGGACACCCAGGCGGUCAUCUGUCCGUGUUUAGCGAUACCCACGCCGCAGCACUGAGCACUGAAAUAAGGCUACUGUCCGCUUUCAAGAAAGACACCGAGACCAGGAAAGUUUAUCUGGCAGGGAGAGAGUAUUACAGCGAGAAAGGGAAGACCUUUGAACUGCGUCUUGUUGGGAAAAUAAAGCAACAGAUAAGUGCUGAUCCCACUCUUCAUCCAGAGUAUCCAUCUUCUCUUGGUCUGGUAGAAUUCAUCCGACAAGCCACCCAGGUCGCUUUGGGGAGGAACUCGAGGACCAUAGCGGAGAACCGGGUGUUCGGUGUCCAAACCCCUGGUUUUAACGCUGCUGUGCGCCUCGGAGCUGAACUCUUGAAACACUGGUAUGAUGUCAGUGCUGCUUGGUGUGGGCCAGUUUACCUCUCUGUCCCUUGUGAUGACUCAUUGGCCAGUAUCUUCCAGGCAGCAGGGAUCCCAGAUAUCCGUCAGUAUUAUUACUGGGAUGAGGAGCAGCGGGGCGUUUGUUUAGAGAAGCUUCUGGCAGAUUUGGAGAGGGCUCCAGAGCGAAGUGUUGUUGUUCUGUCAGCGUCGGCCCACUACCCAACCGGAGCAGACUUCUCUCAGGAUCAAUGGGCUGUGAUUACUCAACUCAUCAUGAGGCGUAGACUUUUCCCUUUCCUCCUUCUGCCUGCACAGGCACUCUGCUAUGGAGAUUUAGAGCGAGAUGCUUGGCCUGUACAGUACUGUGCAUCGCAGGGAAUUGAGGUCCUCUGUGCUCAGUCAUUCUCCCAUUGCUUUGGACUGUACGGUGAAGCUGUUGGACACCUCCUGUGCGUCUUAAAGCACAGCUCUUUCCUGUUAUCGAUGCAGUCACAGGCUGACAAAAUAGUGAGAUCACUGUGGGCCCAGCCAUCUGCAGGAGGAGCACGUGUUGUCGCCACAGUGCUCAGUAACUCAGCGCAUCUUGUUGAAUGGCAGGGAGAAGUUAAGCGCAUCGUUAAGAGAUGUAUGCUGAUCAGAGCUGUUCUGAGAGAAAAGCUGAGGCUGCUGGGAACUCCAGGUUGCUGGGACCACCUGACUCAACAAGGUGGACUCUUCUGUUGUACAGGACUGAAUGGGCAGCAAGUAGAAUUUCUGUCAAACUGCAGACAUGUGUACCUGCUCCCCAGUGGUUGUGUCAACGUGAGUGCAAUCAACAGCCGUAACCUGGACUACAUAGCAGAGUCCAUUCGAUUGGCUCUGACCACGUCACUCUGACCAUGCGACUUGUGAUCAGGAUCUAAAAUCUGCAUCAAAGGAGCUUCUCAGCAUGACUGAGACACAUUGUGACUGAAGCUUUUAUGUGUUACUGUGAAAUGUUCAGUUUCUACUUCACUGUUGUAUCUGUUGCAAAGUAAAGACUAUAGUGCUGGUGAAUGUAAAAAAAAAAGGUUUAGCCCAUAAUAUGAUUGAUUAUUGAGUUGUUGCUGAUGUUUCACAACAUAAGUGUGUACAGUAGUUAUCAUAACCGGGAGCAGGUUGUGAUUGUCUCUCAAGACAUUUGUUCAAAGAUGUGUUUGUUUCCUGUGUGUGUUAAAUGCAGUAGGUCGGCCAUGCAAAGUAAAGCAGCAGUGGAUACCCGUGGAGUGUUUGUACUGUUAGAAAUGUAGUCUUUAAUCUGCUUCUGUCUGCAGUAAUACACUACCAUUUGCUUAAAGCCUUGAUUCAAGUGAACAUUUAUAUAUUCACACUUCAAAUAUGUGAACUUCAACAUUUUCACACCUUCUGCCAGCAUACAUACUACCUUAAAAAGACAACUGUAAAAGCAUCUUUUGUUGGUUGUACGAGGGAUGUUGUGUUGGGCUAUUUCUGGAAUGGACAGUGACAAAGAAAACUGUUGUUUUUAUAUCUUAGGUUUUGUUUAGAUUACACCUUUUAAUUAAAUAUUGGUAGACAGACCCAUCCUUAAGAAAGAGCCCCCUGGUUUAGCUUGAAUUUAUGCUAAACUAAAAGACAGCAGGCUUCUUAUUUAAACCUUCAGUGCAAAAGUUUUAUUGCGUCCCUCUGGCAUUAGGAAUAAGAGUAAAGUAACAAAUGCUCUCAAUGUGAGCUUAUGUCAUAUGCCUUUUGUCACUUUCUUUUGAGUUUUGUUUUUUCUUGGAGCAUCAGAUGAGAGAGUCAGACCCUUGACAUCUGAGGUCAUGGUUCUCUGCUGGAAACUGUUGAAUUGCUCUCUCCAGGUUGGAGUUGAGCUACUGCCUCAAGCAAAGGAUUUUAAGUAUCUUGAGAUUUUGUUCAUAAGUGACAAGAAAACAGAACAAGAGAUGGAGAAAAGGCUUCAGCAGUAAUGCAGGUGUUGUACUGGACAUUUGUGGUGUCAAUUUACUAUUCGGUCUUUGUUCCAACCCUUACCUGGAGUUAUGAGAUCUGGGUAGGAACCAAAAGAAUGAGGUUGUGGAUGAAAGUAUUUAAAAUGAGUGUUCUCCGCAUGGCUGGGCCUCGCCUUGGAGAUAAGGUGAGGAGCUCAGACAUCUUGAAGGAGUUUGGAGUAGAGUUGCUGCUCCUUCGUAUCUCAAAGAACCUGCUGAGGUGGUUGGGGCAUCUGAUCAGGUACCUACAGGGUGCCUUCCUAAAGGGGUUUGGAGCACGUCUAACUAUGAGGACACCUCUGGUUUGACCCCAAACUUAAUGGAGGGAUUAUAUAUCUCCUCUGGGGAGGAAGACCUUGGGAUCCCCCAGGAGCACCGGAAAGCAUUGCUGGGGAAAGACUCGCCUGGAAUGACAUGCUACCAUGACCUGACCUCGAGUAAGCUAAAGUGAAUGGAUGGAUCAGAAACUUUUAUUGAAUGCUUUCUUGAUUUUUAUGCAGUUGGCUCUGGCAUGCUUCUAGUCAGUGUGACUACUUUGUCUCUGUCCUGCUGUUGCUCCCAUCUUAAGUUCUGGCAAAAAAAUAUAUACGUAUUUUUGUGACUGACAUGAAACACAUUGCCACUUGUCUGCCAGUGUGGGAAUCUAGCCACACAAACCAGAUUUAAAACUUGCUGCAACGCACAAAAUGAUUUACCACCAGCAGACUUGAUCAGCACUGUGUGAACUCAUUUAGCAAGACUUUGAAUGCAAUAUGUAAUACUCUUCUCAGCCUCACCCAGGCACAAGGGGCAUAACUCCCAUUUUGGGUGCUAUCUGCAGAUUAUAAAGCCUUGUAUCACUGUCCACAAACAAAGAAAAAAGGAGCUUGCAGACAAUGCGUUCAUCCACAAAACACGGGUGGCAGAAUCAGUCAAAUGAGGCUUUGAAGGGAGGCUUCAUACACUUUACUCACCCAACCAGUGCACAGUCAGACUUCUAUCUGUUUUCCAAACUAAAAUCCUGCUUGCAUGGUCACCAUUUUCAGAGUGAUGAACAGUUCAUGCAUGCUGUUGAGGAGAAUCUGGAGGCUCAAGAUGUGACCUUGUUCUGGAGGGCAUAGCGAAGCUUCAGCAUUGGUGUACAAUGAGUGGAAGUGAUUGAAGUUAAAAGAUGGAACGUUGAGGGAAAAAAAUGCAAGAACAAUCUUUCUUCAGUGAUGUUUUCUGGUGAGGCGAAGAACUUUGUGAAGUACCCUCAUAUAUGUGAUAUUUAAUGGACAAAUAUUAAAAUGGCUCAUCAUAGUUUUAUCUUUCCCAUCAUGUUAAAGUAUGCCCUCAGGUAUACAGUCGUAAACAUGCUUCUGUGAAAGAUGUCAUGAAUGUAUAUGAGACAUGUUAUAUUAAACUGCGUGUUCACUGA